AUGGUCGUCGCCAGUCCAACGAUCAGCGUAACAGUUGACGGGAUCCCGGUCGCCGUGGCCGCAGGGGCAAGCGCGCUGGAUGCCAUAAACGCGGUCGGCGUUCCGCUGUCGCAACUGUGCAAGGACGCCGACAUGCCGGCCAUCGGGGCGUGUCGGACCUGCCUGGUUCAGAUCGACGGGGUAAGAGGGUUUCCCGCAUCCUGCUCGACGCCGGCGAGCGACGGGAUGGUGAUACGAACCGACACGGCCGACGCGAAGCGCAUCCGCUCCGGCGUGAUCGAGCUGACGCUGGGCAUGGUGGGCGACGGGAACGGCGGCAACGGAUCGAUUGAAGGGUACGGUCUGCUGUCGGACGCAGCCGAGUUGCAUGGCAUCUCCGGCGGACGGUGGGACUCCCGGGAACGCCAGGCGACGGACGAGUCCAACCCGGUGUUCAACCUGGCGAUGGACGCGUGCAUCCUGUGCGCCCGGUGCGUGAACGCCUGCCAGUCCGGCCACCAGUUCAUCGGCGCGAUAGACGUGCUGGGAGCCGGCGGGUCGGCGCGCAUCGCCACGGCGGGGGACAAGCCGCUGGCCGAGAGCAUCUGCACCACCUGCGGGCAAUGCCUGAGCGUGUGCCCCACGGGGGCGAUCAGCGUCAAAGCACCGCCGGAGACCGGGGCGCCAGCCCACCAGGUCAAGACGACGUGUCCGUACUGCGGGGUCGGUUGCGGCAUUAAGCUGGAGGUCAGCGACGCCACGGAAGGACCGGAGGCGGGCAGGAUUGUCGCGUCGCACGAUGAUCCGGACAACCUUUCGAGCGUCGGGAUGCUGUGCGUGAAGGGCCGGUUCGGCUACACGUUCGUGCAGCACGGGUGA